AUUAAGUUCUGUGUAACUUCUGGCUUUAGUUUAAGUUCGUAACCAUUUCGUUUGUUAGUAUAUUGGUAGUUGUUAGUUAGUAGUUGAUGCUCCAGUCUGUUUCACUAACCAUUUCAGUUUAUAGUUUGUGAGCACCCUAAAUAGUUAUUCUGUGAGACCAUGCCUUUAUAUUAUUUUGCCUAUUUUGCCUCAGGAGGGUUCAGAGCGCUGCAGUUGCCUGUAUCAUUGUUCAGAUGUAAAUGUGAUGCACUGAUUAAGCCCCCUCCUCAAGCUGAAUCCACGCCACUGAAGACUAGUUAGGUAAGUUAUCCUUUUGGAUAGGCAGAUAAGAGUUGGGAUGUCUCACUAAAGUUUGUUUCCCCAUACAAUAUUUGCAAAGCAGUACUGCUGUGUGCAGUGAAUUGUGGUAUGUGACCUUUUCGAUUGUGGUAACUGCACUCCUAAUUUGGUGGCUGAGUUGCUGCUUGAGUGUAAGUUUGCAACAUCGGUGUAUAGUGUAUCCACAGUAUUGUCAUUUGCUGUGGUGGUGUUUGUCUGGGAUGAUGUCACUCCAAAGAUCAGUGGAUUUUAGCAUUGUGGGUGUGGCCUCCUGGAUCAUUAAGUCUGUUGUACUGCUAGACCUCAUAGUGUCCUUUUUCAUGGUGGUAGUGGCAGUUUUGUUGGAUCUGGUGAUUUGCUGUACAGCAGCAGUUUUUAGUCUCCUUAAUAGUGUUGAUCGGUUCAGUUUGUGCACUCCACCUUUGUGUUAGUCACCUGCCUUGUUGUUUUCAGUGUAUGAUGAAGAAGCACUUUGUUUUAACUCAUCGUGGUAGACAUUUUGGUCCUUGUGGGAGUGACACCCACUGACUGGCUACUCUUGUGGUUGCUGCUAGUUCCUAAAUCCAGCAGCGUUAUAGUUGGCCUUUAAGUGUGGUAUUUGAUUCUUUUUUUCCUGUGCUUUUUGUUAGCUGUGGUGGGGAGCUCAGAUUGUUUUUGGCAUACAGCCUCAGUAACACUUAACACAAUUAUAAUUAUUUACACAGAGCACUGUAAUUCCAUGAAUACAUUUUUAUCUGAUUUUCAAAGAAAAUGUGUUGUGCCAUAUUAGUCUGAAUCAAUGGUUUUUCAUUGUAGCAUCAAUGACACAAACAGCUCUGUGUUUGUUGAAGGGCAGGGUAUAGCAGCCCCUCUCUGCACGAUUCCGUCUAGAAGGAGUAGCUACAGACAACUCUCUUAUAAGUUGGAGCAGUCUUAUUCACAAGCGCCAUAUAAGCCCAAGCCUAUAUGGCCACAUCUUGUAAGGCAUGAACAGGAGGAACAGAUUCUGGGAAGACCAUGGAUGAGGGUACGGGAAGGUGUAGAGAGGUUGGUCUUUGGGGGCAGCAUUUAUUGUAAACUGCCCUGCCCAGCCAGUCGUAGUUCUCUUUUGAAAGUAUCUGCCUUCUUUCCAGCAGUUUGGGGCAAACAUGUCUUGAUAAGAACUGAAAGAGCCUCCAUUUCCCCCCAAAAAUCAUCAGGGAGGCACAACGUAUAUGUGUUGUCUCUUAAUCAACGGUAUAAAUGGGAACACAUUUUCCACUGUGUCUGCAUCCAUAUACAAAAUAACAAACAAAUAAUUUCUAUCUUGAUACCAUCAGGUACACCAUUGACAGGCUGACAUGGCUUAUAUUAAGAAAAUAUAUGAAGUCAUAAAUUGAGCAUCAGUAUUAGAAGAGCAGUAAUAUCUGAGACUGUGCUUGCAUGUUGAGCUUCUCCUCGUAGGCUGCAUCGCAACAAAACAACCUGCUGCUGCUGCUGCUCAGGGCCACCAUGAGGUCGGAGGGCAAAUUGCACCUAAUACACUGAAACUAGAAUUUCUUUCCUAGUAUUCAAGUGACAGCCUAAAGAUUUUAGCAGCAGUAUGUCUACACUUAACAUUAGAGCUUUGUCUCUCAGCUUUUUUGUAAUUACAUAUGGCUUAAGACACUUGGUUGUUUGCAACAAAAAUCCAUAAAAGCAAACAGGGAAGACAUCUACAAUUUACAGUUACUGUACAUAUUAGUGUUUUUAUUGUCCAGGGGAAAAAAAGACAGUUGCACAAAAUAUUCAGACAGACUCAUCAUACAAUUUCCCAUGAAGUAAUUGAUACAGCAAAAUAAUGGAUAUGAUGUUUUUAUGUAAUAUUUGAUGUAUUCUGACAUAUCAUCUUCAGUGUCUACUCUGUCUAAACUCAGUCAUUGCUACAUUUUCUUUUUUGUGAACAACUUUUUGUUGAGUUGGCAGUGUGUAGACAUACACAUAAACAUUCUCAAAAUGGUUCAACAGAAAGUUCAUUAAAUAGAGUAUUGAACAUAAUCAUAGUAUCAACGCUCAAUCAUCAAAAUAAAUGAAAAACCUCAGUGUCUUUCGAGUUCAAAUAAAGGUUUUGAAUUGAAUUGAAAUACAUCAUGUAUGUACAUUUGCAUAAACAAACCUACAGUGCAAUAUGAAACAACCAAAUGCCAACCCCUUGUUUCCUUGGUGGUGAAUGUCAGAUACAAACAGACCAAAAAUACAGCAUGCACAAUACUACACUUUUUUAGAUAGAGGAUAUAUAUUAUGUGAGCAUGACACACAUGUGACAUAUAUCCUUAUAAGAAAGAGCACACACACAAACUGUACAUGUGAAGAUCAGAGUGAUGAUAUGGCCUCUUCAGGUAAACGGCAACCUGACACCAGCAGUUACCAUGGCACUGUUGAGGGAAAGCAAAGGUUGAUGGGAGUUUUCGAGCAUAGCGGUGGACACAUGCAACCUGUUCUACGCUUUAACCUGUAAUACUAUGUUUCUUAUUUGUGCUGUCGAGGAAACAUCAGCCACCGGGCAGGAAGAAGACAUGGAGGAACUCCGACUUGCUUCAAGUCGUCCGUCAUCUUAGUGCAUCUGAAGAGAGCACGUUAAAGUAUCAGGUGUUAAAUAUUGAUGUGACGACAGGUGUGAUCCUGAACAGACAGCAGGUCGUCUGAUUGAUGUAUCACACAGCGAGGGGCUGCCAGCACCCCCGCCACAGGCCAAACCACGGACCUCAGCAUUGAUUCACAGAGCUCCACUCCUCCUGGAGGAGGGGAAGGAGCUAGUAGUGAGCGGGCAGAGGGAGGUGAGGGAGAGCAGCCAGUCGUCCAGGAGCUGUGGUUCAUCGUAGUUAUGGCAGCUAUCGCCCUGCUGCUGCUGGCUGUCCUGUUAGGUGUUGUACUUCACAAGGCCUUGAACAAACCCCCCUUCACCAGGGAGAGACCCCCAUUGGUGGCCAUGCAGAAGAGGAGCCCCAGGGCCAUUUAUCCAGCCAGCAACUCUGUCCUGUUUGAUUCAGUACCUGACACGACAGGCUUCUCCAACAGUGUCACACUGAAGGGCUUCACCAUGAAGAUAGAGGAAGUGCUGGAAACUAAAUGUGAGCUGGGUGAUGAGGCCCCCCCCGCGCAGGGUGAGUUGGGGAUCCUCAGUGUGAACUCUCUGAGGCGCAGUGUCAGCCAGGUGAUGGACGGGAAGUCAUCCACAGGAGACGACGACGUGUGGGACCCGAACAUUUCAGGCCAUGACAGUGGGAUGUUUAUGGAUGAUGAGGAGUUUGUUGACACCAUCAAAGGUUUCAGCACAGUGAGGAAGGAGCACACCAUGUUCACUGACACCAACCUGUGAUUCAUGAGGGUGACUUUGAACCUGACAGGACACUGGCCCUGACCAGUUACACUGCUGCUGGUUAAAAGUCUUAAACAGGAGAGGCUCUGAGUAUUGACUGUUACUAUGUAAACUGGAGUUACUGAGGCGACUAGGAGAAAGAAAGUGGGAAUGUUACGAUCCUGGUCCAGAUUUGAGUUGGAAGAGAAAACACUGAAUUCAGUCUCUGAGCACUUCUCUUAGAGAGGAACACAAAGAAACCAAAGACACUGUGGGGCAUGAUCAUCUAUUCAAGCUGUUUUCUAUAUUUUCCCCUCUAGGGGGCGCGCUUUUAUCAGGUAUUUUUUGUAAGAAUUGUACAAAAACUAAUUUGUUUCAAACAAUUUGAAAUGAGCUCACCUUGAUUGGAAAAGUUUGGAGCUGUCUUUGAUGCUUUCUGGUUGAUGGAACAACAACAACCUGGGGUGAACUUGCACUGUCUGCUUGGUGAAAUUGAAUCGGAUGGAUGCAGCUUGCAAGUGCCAUCAAUUCUUUUUUUUUCGAUAAAGGAGAUAGCAUACACACAAAGUAUUGUCUUUAAUCUCGUAUUGUUGGAUUAUACAGAAAAUAUUUGGUAUAGAAGAAUUUCGACUGAUAUUUUGAUGGCUGACUAACUUUUAUAUCAACAAAACAUUAAAUCGUGAUGUUUUUAAAAAUCUGACAUGAGUUUAAAAGAAGUGGCACAUUUAAUCUGCUGCAACAUCUCAGUCUCUAUUAAAUACAAGUAAUUGACAGCAACAGAUUCAGAUGUUAUCAAGAGACACAUUUUCAUAUUUAUCGAUUUACAUUAUGAAAAAUGAAUUAAUUAUUAUACAUGUAUAUUAUAUUUUU